AUGGCAUAUCUCUUAUUAUAUGUGGAUGACAUUAUCUUGACUGCAUCUGAACCAGGUUUGUUAGCACGCAUUAUUGGUUCCUUGUCUUCCGCCUUUGCCAUGACGGACCUUGGUCGGUUGCAUCACUUUUUGGGCAUCACGGCUACACGUGACAGUAACGGUCUCUUUCUGUCUCAAGCUCAAUACACUAAAGAAAUUUUACAAAGAGCUUCUAUGGCAAAUUGCAAGCCGUGCACUACGCUAGUGGAUACGUCCACUAAACUCAGCGAUACAACCGGCACCUUGUUACAAGAUGGGACGCUAUAUCGUCAACUCGCGGGGCUCUUCAGUAUCUUACCUUCACCCGGCCGAAUAUUACGUAUGCAGUUCAACAAGUCUGUCUAUUUAUGCACGCCCCUCGUGAACCUCAUUUUGCUUUCAUGA